UUUGCAAAAUUUCGAGAAUCCUCGAAACCACUUUUCCGGCAGUCACUAAACAAGGAGGCGAUUAGGGCAGACGAGGGCGCUUGCAACCCUUCUGGAUCCGAUUCUGCAAUGAAGAAGGCGAACGUCUCAGCAGAUGCAGCAGCGAUGGGCGGAGACGCCGCCUCGGGUACCGAGUACCAUGUGUUCCUGAGUUUCAUUGGCGCCGAUACUCGCUCUGGAUUCAUCGACCGCCUUUCCCGCGGCUUGGCUGAUGCCGGAAUCUUGGUGUUCAAAGACGAAGAAGAGAUUCGAGUCGGUGCUGAAAUUGGCUGGGAGAUUCUGAGAGGGAUCGACAGCGUCCAGAUCUGCAUCCCCAUCUUCUCCAAGAGUUACGCUUCCAGCAAGCGGUGUCUCAAGGAGCUUGCGGCAAUGGUGGAAAGCAAGGUGAAAUCGGGUGGUGGGAAAACGAUCCUCCCCAUAUUCUAUGACGUGGAACCUCGUGAUGUUAGGCUUAAAACCCCUCUGUAUCGCGAUGCCCUAUUGGAGCAUAAGAAGAGGUUAGGGUCCGACAAAGUAAGAGUGUGGGAAGAUGCUCUUGGAGAGGUUGGUUCAUUUAGUGGUUGGGCAAUGGGAUCUAGCAGCCUGUCUCGCGGUGUUGGAGGACUGGUCAAAUUAAUCACGGCCAAGCUGAAGGUAAACUGUGUGGAUGUGGAUAAAUAUUUUGUCAGAAGUGAUCAGGUAGAUGCUAUAACAGAUUUGCUAGCCAUUGAUGUGGGUGUCUUGGGUAUCCAUGGAUUGGGUGGCAUCGGCAAAAUAGCCGUUUCCAAAGCUGCUUUCAACUAUUUCCGCUAUCGGUUCCAAGGCUGCAGUUUUCUUGAAGUUGUUCGAGAAUUAUCCCAACGCCAUGGCCUGGUGAAAUUGCAGAAACUGUUAUUAUCCGACAUCCUAUAUCCUAGGGCUGAUUACCCCAUUGCUAAUGCCGAUGAAGGAAGGAAUAUGAUCAUGAAAAAGCUUUCUGCCAAGAAGGUUCUUAUCAUUCUUGAUGACGUUGAUCAUGCGGAGCAAAUCCGUCAACUAAUUGGGCAGCACGAUGGGUUUGGUUCCGGAAGUAGGAUCAUUGUUACGACCCGGAAAAGAAGUGUCCUGAAACUUGAAAAUCAGACCGUAGCUUAUGAAAUGCAGGAAAUGACUCAUGAUCAUGCGCUCCAGCUUUUCAGUAGGCAUGCUUUUGAGAGAGACUCGCCACCAGACAAUUAUAAAGACUUUUAA